AUGUGCAUUGUUUGUGACGACUAUCAGCUGUUGUACUCGGACCUGAGUCAAGUUUGUGACAGUAAAGACGCUGAUUCUAAAAUGGAUGUUGAUUAUGACACCCUGGACAAAGAUCAGAGGCUGAAGGCUUCCAUGUACCUGACCAUCAAACAGAUUGCCAGGGAGGUGGAGGAGGAGAUGGAGAUCCCUGUCAGUGCUCAAGUCCUGGCCACUUUGUCUGAGACCUUAGCACGCCAGGUGGAAGUUUAUGCCUCGGAUCUGGAAGACUUUGCCAAACAUGCCCGACGUACAAAUGUGAAUACUGAUGAUGUCAAGUUGUUGGCCAGAAGGAAUACCACACUGCUGCAACAUUGGAACAGUAUCAUCGACGGUGAAAAAAGUGCGCAGCAGGAGCACAAGAAGGAAGCCGAGGGUGGCAGCAAAGAAGACACAUCAUCCUGA